CAACAACGAAGAGCAUCACCUUAAAAACUGAUAAAUGUGCGUGACUUCAGCAGAGCGGAGCGAGGCACAUUUGUGAAAUGCUAGAUGAUCUUGAAAACUACGGCGUUUUCGGACAUAACCCUGGAAUCGACGCAAGUAUCAACCUGGCCUGGUAAUUACAUUGCUACGUCCCUUGGGGAGUUCGUAGAUGUAUAUAACGCUUUUGGAUUAAACUUAGAGUAAAGUAGAGGUUACUGUCAGGUGCAGAUAUUGCUUGAAGACAAACCUGGGAGUAUUGGAAACUGGUAAGUCACACUGGAAACAGUAAGCUUUGGAAAAUCACACGGCAGAUAACCAUAGUUCCAAGUAGGCGCCUCUCUUGGAAAACUUAGUAAUAAGGCAUGUAAGUGGCGACUUUAGAUGACUUGGAAGAAUAGAAGUAUCAUCUUUUCUUUUGAAGAUAUAGUAACUGUGAAACAAAGCCACAUUUGAAUCAAGGUAUUGAACUGAAAGUACGGCGCAAAUCACGACGGAUCAAAGAGACAUCGAUACUGUGACGAAGAUUUAUACUGUGGAUGUAGACACUGUAUCAAGCUUAUUGGUUCUGCCUCUGCGUUACAUAAUAAGACGACAUUAAGCAGUGCAUAGCAAACACGAUAGCCGGUCAGAUUGAUCGAACAUGUACGAUAUAAGUGAGUGAAGAAAAAGAGCUUAUAGUGAGAGAGGAGCACCAUCAAGCCAGAGUUAAUUACAAAUAUGGCGGACGAAAGAAAUUUAGGUCAGAUGACAACAAACAUGUCUUCAAGGAAUUCGACCUUUCCAGUGGAUUACAAAGAGGACUACCCUGAAGAAUACGACUAUGGAACGUACGAUAACUACGACUUCUCAAAGUUCCUCUUCCCAAACCAAAGACCUACCAAACCUGCCUGGGAGUACGCCCUCAAGAUUUCAUUGUGUGUGAUCAUUGUUUUGGUGUCGCUGAUUGGCAAUAGUUUGGUUAUCUAUGUCGUAGCCAUGAACAAGCGAAUGAGGACCACCACAAACUAUUACAUCGUCAAUUUAGCAGUUGCAGACCUCAUGGUGACGUUGUGCUGCACGUGGGUCCAGUGUUAUGAUGAUCUGAGUCCGAAGUGGCCACUGGGAUCCUUUCUCUGCAAGUUUAAUACAUUUGCACAAGUGCUCUCCAUGGUAUCAAGUGUUCUAACACUAACAGUCAUAGCCUGCGAUCGUUUCUUUGGCAUCGUAUUCGCCAUGAAGGCACACAUGACAGAACGCCGAGCCAGCGUCUUCAUAACCCUGGUAUGGGUGGUCUCCAUCGCCGUCAGCAGCCCAUUGCUAUACUUCCGCAGAAUCACCACCAGAGAAUGGAAAGAUUACACUGAGAUUUUCUGUCAGGACCACUGGCCGUUCGUAACGAGUAGAAAUGAGCAAGGAAUGGUAAUGGCAUUCACGCCGUCCCGUGUCGCCUACUAUACCACUGUUUCCAUUAUUUUGUUCUUCCUCCCAGUACUCAUUAUGUCCAUAGCCUACAGUCUGAUCAUCAUGAGGCUCCGGUCAAGCCGGAUGCCUGGGGUGCACCUGGACACGGAGAUGAGCGUUCAGGACAAGUUGAAAAAGAAGGUCGUGGUGAUGUUGGUAAUGAUACUAUCCGUGUUUGUAAUAUGCUGGCUGCCAUAUCAGGUCAUCCUAGUCUACGGGGAACACCGCACAGAACAAUCUGAGCUCCCCGCAUGGUAUCGCCAACUCCAAUUCUACGCCAUCUACAUCGGAUACACCAAUAGUGCAGUUAAUCCUAUCAUAUACGCUGGGUUCAAUGAAAACUUUCAAAAAGGCUUCAAGGACUCUCUGAGCUGCCUAGCUUGUUUCAAGGACAAACGGCGAUACAGUGCAAUAGAACUCCGCCAAGAUUCGUAUCACAGUCAAUCACUGAUGUCACACACGCAAGUUACAUCCACAUCCGUCAUGACCAAAGUAUAACGUCAUGGCGAGAUACAUCCGUCAUGGCCGAAGUGUAAACCUCUGCAUGUGAGACGGAACCAUCCGUCAUGGCCAAAGCGCAAGGCUCGUGGUGUCAGACGGAAAUUUCCGAUUGGACUAAAGUCAAACCGCAUGGUGUCAGACGAAAAUAUUCGUCAUCGAAGUAUGAACCUCAUUGUGUUAACAUGAUCAAAGUGUGAACCUCAUUGUGUUAACAUGAUCGAAGUGUGAACCUCAUGGCACCAGAUGGAAAUAUAUGUCAUGACCAAAGUAUAAACGGCCCAAAAGGACGCGGACAUUUACUUCUGAGAAACCCCAUAGCUAGCUACGCUUGCAGCACCUUUUCUGGGUGUAUGAAUGAUGGAAAACAAUUUGCAAAUAUGCAAACCAUUUCAUUAUAUUAUUUCCUUGUACACAUAAUCAGGAAGUCUUGUUUUGAAUGUGUUCUGAGGAGGAAUGACGAUGUCCGGCUUCUCUGUACUCAUCAUGUCAAGCACUGCUGGUGCUACUGUAAAAAUAGAAUCAUUGAUGCACUUUUACAAAGUAAUUUUAUUUCUCAUUGACAUUUAUAAAUCUAACAGGGCUAUCUGUCUGUACAUUACUGUUUAUCUUAUUUUACUCACAUGAAUGUUGUCCUUGAAGCUAACGACUAGCGGAUGUAAGAAGCCCCAAUGAGACUCGUUCGACUCCAGUCUCGAUCAGCGGUGGUGCCAUCUUCGAAACGAUCCAACAGAUGCAAAGAAAGGAGAGAGAGAGAUGAGAUACUGCAAACAUGGCAUUAGCAUCAUCACAUUAAUUAGUCUACAAUUAGUCUUUAGCAGUGAUUUCCUACAAUCAAGUAACUGUAAUAGCUGUAGAUAUUCCCAUAUCGGGAAAUAGACAUAUAGCAUCACCGUAAGAAUAACACGUUUGGUAGCCACUAAGAUUUACAUUUAACGCCGAGAGUUGAUGUGAUCACUCCGUAUAUUAUCAUCCUAACAAGAUAUGUUAUAUUAUAAUAAAGUGUGU